AUGCUGCCCAGCGCCCUUUACUGGGACCUGGUGGGCUCCUCGGCUCUCCUCAACCUGCCGGCGGCGCCUGGCUUCGGCAACCUGGGGAAAAGUUUCCUCAUCGAGAACUUGCUGCGGGCCGGGGCUCCGAGCCCUGCCCAGCUCCGUCCCCUCCCCGCCAACCCCGUGCCCCUCAAGCUGUGCCCCGCGGCGGAACAAAUCAACCCCUCAGGGGGUCCCUUCCCGGCAAGAUGGGCUUUCCAAGUGCUUAACCCCUCGGCGGCGGACGGCGGCCGCCCGCCAGCGCGGGCCGCGGCGGCGGAGAGAGGCGGCAUCUUCGCGCCGGCAGCCACAGCUCUUUCCAAACACUUUUUUCUCCGAGCCCCGCCAUUCUACUCAGCAUGCUGCGGUGGGUCCUGUCAGCACCCUGCAUCCCCCACUGCUUUUCCAAGGGAGGAAAGUGUGCUGCCUCUUCUGACCCAAGAGUCUAACUCCAAAUCCCGGAGAGGCAUAUUAAGAAGAGCUGUCUUUUCUGAAGACCAGAGGAAAGCUUUGGAGAAAAUGUUCCAGAAGCAGAAGUAUAUUAGUAAAACAGACAGGAAGAAACUGGCCCUUAACCUGGGUCUAAAGGAGUCUCAGGUGAAAAUCUGGUUUCAGAAUCGAAGGAUGAAAUGGCGAAACUCCAAAGAAAAAGAAGUGCUUUCUAACAGGUGCCUCCAAGAAGAAGGUCUUCAGGAGAACUACCUCUCACGAUCCACCAUGAAUUUUACCUCCCCAUGCCCAUCUGUGUGGGAAAUGUCUGAAGAGCGGGCAAGUCCAAGGUGGAGGGAGAAUUCUCCAGGAAAUUCCGAAAGACUGACUACUACACAACCACCUCCAAGGGCAAAUUCAUUGCAGAGCCCACUCUAUUUGUAUCCUGACCAAGACACUGCAAACAAGGCAUCAUCAAGUGUAAGGGAGUAGGGGCAGUUUGUAAAUGGAGUGGGAGAGUGCAGGCUUCAAAUGAGCAGUCUUUUAAGAUUAACAAUAUUUGAACAUUGUAAAGCUAACUAGUUUAUGCUUCAAAAAUAUGCUAAAG